AUGUCACCUCUUCGCUGUGAGCGCGAGGCGAAUCAAAACAGCAGGCUCGGGAUGAUUCAUCGCAUGCAGUUCACCUUCAGCGUCGAUCAGCCCGCACCACCGACCGUGUCCUCUAUUGACGUGAAGAAGCCCGACUUGAAGCCUUCUGCCAAAUUUAAGGACAAUGCCCUCAAACGCGGCCGUCCCGCGACCCACUCAACGGCCAACCAUGACGAUACGCCCACGAACAUCAGCGACAAGGACCGGCCUCUCACACAGCGCGGCUCGGCACGACGACCGACACAAGGUCAAGACGCCACUCUUGUCGGCGACGACGCGGCGUCGGUGCCCCCGCGUACGUCGAGCGUGACAGGAACAUGGAGGACGCUCGGGGAUGGCAACACGCGAGGAUGGCGAUGA